CUGGAACGCGUAAUGCUAGCGGUGUAAUGAUAUCGACGAAUAAUAGUCUAACACGCCUAAGACCAGCUCUAUAGGAUUGCGCCAACGGAGUAAUACCGUGUAUUGGUAACCUUAUCUCUGCGCGACAUUUACACCGAGCAUUGUAAGAUCCCGUUACUAUUGUAUAACAGCCACCUGUCACCCUGUAAAAGAUUUCUCCCACCCUUAUACGUAUAACUGACACUUAUACCUUAGCUACUAGGGAACGGUUAGGUCCUCUUAAAGGGGGCAAAAGUUAACUGUAAUACUUUACCGCAGCGGGUAGUGUAGAUGCACUUAUAGUGUGUUAAACAAACUUGUUUUGUGUCAUGGAUAUUUUGGAUCUAAGUUUAGAAAAGAAAAACCGUCGCAAGUGUCAUCUACCACAGCGCCGUACUAUUCAUAACAAGAUGGUGGAUUUGGAAACAACGUUGGGAGCAAUCAAGAAACCAAACGUUCAGGACGCCAUGCAUAAUGUCACGCAACUAAGACGACCUGAGCAUAUUAUAUUCGGAGAGGAAAAAUCAAGCGAGUCACCGAGUAUCCGUUCUAACGGCGCCGUGUUACCACAUCCUAAUAUAACUCUUAACCAAUCAAGUCCAAGAUACUCGUUUUUGGAGCCAGUUACGUCAUCAAGCCCACUGAUGCGGAACGUGAACAGUCCCCGGUUCGCAGCAGAAGAUGUUUUACCAAACGACGCGCCAGGGAUUCCAGAGCGAACGAAGAAACAAAAUAGAUGGGCGUUUAAUGUCUGGAGAGAAUGGGCUCGCAAGCGAAACCUAGUGGCGAAUCACUCUGAGGACGUCCCGCUUGAUGUUGGGAAAGCAAGUGAAGAAGAAUUGGACAAAUGGUUGGCCAAGUUUGUUAAGGAGAUACGACGUAAAGAUGGCAACCCUUACCCGCCCCAUACACUAAUGCAGAUUGUGAUGGGGAUACAACGUUAUCUCCGCCAGCAAGCGGGCCGGCCAUCUAUUUGUAUCUUAGACCGAAGCAACCCCGCAUACCACCAUUUCAGAUUAGUGUUGGAUGAACGCAUUAAAGAAUUAACCAGCGAUGGAAUAUCUGCUUAUCAUAAAUCGAGCAGAAGAAGCUUUCCGAGUUCGAAGCUCGGUUCGGCCCAACCACAAUUCCCUGACGAGUCAAUGUUGUGGGAGACAGGAGUAAUCGGCACCGACACGGCGCUUGGGCUGCUUAAUGCUGUGUUUUAUUACAACACAGUGACGUUUGGGAUACGAACAGUAGACGAGCAUUGGCAUUUAAAGUUGUCUCAUUACGUUAUUGGGAACAGGGGUCAACAGUCACAAAUGUUCGUUGAGUUUCUACCGUCGCGUGACUCUGUUUACACAGUGCGAGGAUCAACUAAAGAUAAGAGAGUUUACGCAGAACAUGGAAACUCCAGGUGUAUUGUCAAAAUAUUCCAGAAAUACAUGUCUCUGCUGCCAUCUGACGGUCCUUUCUACCGGCACCCACAAGAACCAACAUUAGUCGACAGGUCAAUUCGAUUCUCAGACCAAUGGAUCGGAAAGAACCGACUACGAGCCAUGAUUAAACAUAUCUUUGAUAGCACAAGGGUAGGGGGGCGACCCAGCGAACCUGUCACGCCGAAACCGACAUACGUUGAAGCGAAACAAGAACCGCAGACCGAGAGCUCAGAAAACAGAGUGUUGUCUGUCUACGAUCGUCUUGCUCAUGCCAUGCUGCAACUAACGCAAAUGCGAGGCCCGAUUGCCAAUAACCAAUCACCUCAAGACGGUAGCAAAGACUCCACAGACGUAGAAUCAACGGGGACGCCUAACGACUAUAUUGAACGUUUAGAAACCGCAUCGUCCAAUUUUGACGACGACCAUGAACCUCCAAGCAAAAUAAUAAAAACAGAUUUUGAAAACACAAGUCUAGACGUAAACGUGGAUACACACACAGACAACGGGCAACAACCACCAAAUAGAGACUCACCUGACAACAGCACUUUGGAAAUAACGGUCCCAAAACUGAUUAGGUACAUAGAAGUGACGAGAGAUUCGAAACGUUAUUCAUUUCAACUUGAUUAAAACUAUCAGUAUUACUUUAUCUUUUACUCGCACACCGCAAUCUGAACAUAUACCUGUACUGUACUGUAAUACUUUGCAAUUAAAUACAAACUAAAAUAUCAACAACA